ACAUGCGCACUCUCUCGCGGACGGAAGGGGGCGCUCCUGGACCAUGAUCCCCACCCCGCGGCACCCGCACGUGGGCGCGCGCGGGCCCUUCCGCGAGGUGUACGCGCCGGCCGAGGACACCUACCUGCUGCUGGACGCGCUGGAGCAGGACGCGGCCCAGCUCCGAGACGCGGGAGUUGAGAUCUCCCUUGAAGUAGGAGCUGGAUCAGGUGUGGUUUCAACAUUUCUGGCUUCCAUUGUUGGACCUAGUUCAUUGUACAUAUGUACAGAUAUCAACCCUAUAGCAGCUUCUUGUACCUUGGAGACAGCUGUACUUAACAAAGUUCACAUUCACCCAGUAAUUACUGACUUGGUCACAGGAUUGUUACCGAGAUUAAAUGGGAAGGUUGAUCUACUACUGUUUAAUCCACCGUAUGUGGUAACCCCUUCUGAAGAGGUAGAAAGCCAUGGCAUAGAGGCAGCCUGGGCUGGAGGCAAAAAUGGCAGAGAAGUAAUGGAUAGACUUUUUCCUUUAGUGCCAGACCUGCUUUCAACAGGAGGAUUAUUCUAUUUAGUUGCAAUUAAAGAGAACAACCCAGAUGAAAUUUUGGAAACAAUGAAGAAAUAUGGUUUAAGAGGUACUAGAGUACUUUCUAGACAAGCAGGAAGAGAAACUCUCUCAAUUCUCAAAUUCAGCAAGUCCUGACGACUGCUCUUAAAUCUUUAAACAUCUUCAGCAAUGGAAGUUAAACAUGAAUGGUGUUACAAUGGUCAGGCUAUUUUGUGAUGAUAAACUAUAACUCAACAGAUUUUGAAAAAAAAAAUUAUCCUGUCUCCUGACCUUUACAGGAAAAUUAGCAAAACUUUCCUUGUUGUUCCCUUAACCUGGCCGUCAACCCACUGUGAUCUGUAAUCAGUGAGGGGGCAGUUGUUUCUGGACUUGGUUUUCUAUGUAGCAUAGUGGAACAGUAGCUGAAAUGUAAACUUUAAAAUGGGGAAAUUCAUUGGUAUGUAUUUUGUUUUAUAACUGGAAUAUUUUUGUGAUCAUACUUGUUAACCUUUGUCGUUCAUUAUGGGGUUCUCAAAACAGUGUUCUUGCUUUAGUACUUUGUCUUAUGGUACUUAUUCUGUACAGAUAUCUAGUUUAAAUUAGUAUUUAAGAAGCCACUGAUCUUGAGGUUAAUGGCCUCAGUCUUAUAUUUUGCACUUGUUGCAGAAUCACCAAAAGCCUAGUGCAUAGAAACUAAUUUUGCUGACAUAGUCGGAAAACUCUUGAUCUUAUCUUGCUACUGUAUUAUUGCUAUGAAUAUUCCAACGGAUGUACCCAAUAUGGAGUUCUGCUAUAUGUCAUCCAGGGUCUUUAAGCUAAAUGCUAUGGUGGGUUAAUAAACAAUGUAAAACAUUCAGUUCAA